AUGGGUCUCGCUUUGAAGAAGCCUGAAGGCGAGCCGGGAGCGGCAUGGCCUGCCAUUGUGAUCGGUCUGUUUGUUGCGUUCGGAGGAGUGCUCUUUGGCUAUGAUACUGGUAUUAUCAGUGGCAUUCUUGCCAUGAAGUACUGGAUCAAUUCAUUCACCACUGGAGACAAUACGGCCAUCACAACCUCCGAGGACUCGCUCAUCGUUUCGAUUUUGUCCCUUGGUACCUUCCUCGGCGCUUUGCUGGCUGCUCCUGUUUCCGACUUCCUCGGUCGACGAUGGGGAAUCAUCUCUUCCACCGCUUGCAUAUUCAAUUUUGGAGUCAUCCUGCAGACUAUCUCUACUUCACAGCCGUUGUUCAUCGCCGGCAGGUUUUUCGCUGGUCUCGGCGUUGGUUUGAUUUCUGCCAUGAUUCCUCUCUAUCAGAGUGAGACUGCACCAAAGUGGAUUCGUGGAACCAUCGUUGGUGCCUACCAGCUAGCCAUCACAAUAGGACUCUUCCUCGCCGCCAUUGUCAACUACUCCACCAAGGACCGUAACGACAGUGGCAGCUACCGCAUUCCGAUCGCUGUUCAGUUCCUGUGGGCUCUGAUCAUCUGUAUUGGCCUGUUCUUCCUCCCAGAGACUCCAAGAUUCCUCAUCAAACAAGACAAGUAUGAGGCAGCGGCAAAAGCUCUGGCCAAGCUCCGCCGUCUGCCUCCGGAUCAUCCUGCAAUCGUCGACGAAUUGUCUGAAGUUGAUGCCAACCAUCGAUACGAACUCAGUAUUGCGAAAGCAUCCUAUGGAGAAUGCUUCAGAGGCACAGUCUUCAAGCGUUUGUUGACAGGCUGCUUGUUGCAAGCCUUGCAACAGCUUAGUGGUGUGAACUUCAUAUUUUACUACGGGACCAAGUAUUUCGAGCGAGCGGGCUUCCAGUCUGGCGGUUUCACCAUCCAAGUAAUCACAAACUGCGUCAAUGUCGGCUCUACGCUGCCCGGGCUUUACCUCGUUGAGAAACUUGGACGCCGCAACUUGCUCCUCUUCGGAGCCAUCGGCAUGACAAUCAGCCAGUUCCUCGUCGCCAUCGUGGGUGUAGCGACCGAUCCGGACAAUCUAUCUGGACAACGUGCCGCGAUCUCGUUCGUGUGCAUCUACAUCUUCUUCUUCGCUUGCUCCUGGGGUCCCGUUGCCUGGGUUGUGACAGGAGAACUGUUCCCGCUCAAAGUUCGAGCGAAGUGUCUUUCGAUGACGACCGCCACGAAUUGGCUAUUCAACUUUGCUAUUGCGUAUGCGACGCCAUACAUGGUCAAUGAGGACCGCGCAAAUUUGGGAUCGAAGGUGUUCUUCAUCUGGGGUUCCUGCUGCUUCUUCUGCAUCGCUUUUGUCUACUUCAUGAUCUACGAGACCAAGAACAUGACCCUCGAGCAGGUAGACGAACUCUACACUCGUGUCAGCAAGGCUUGGAAGAGCCCUGGCUUCGUGCCGUCAGUGUCCUUCACAGAUAUCAGAGCCGGCGAGAAGGGACAGCGUGGUGAGAGUAUCGUGGAGGCUGCGGAGCGGAAAGCCAGUAUAUCGACUCAGGAAGUCGUCAGAUCCUGA